UUCGCAAAAGCAAUCGCAUUAUCCACGUUUUCACGAUCUAUUUAGAAUCACAUGGGUAAUGGUAGUGUGUUACUUCGUACGUCCCCGCAUUAUCAUCUCAUCUCCGUAGGAUAUCCCUCGGACUCGCAACUACCGUCGCAUACCGACAACGCAACCAUAAGAACAAUCUACCGGAAAGAAAUACAAUACAUUGAAUUGACUUCUAUCAAUAUCGUCCAGCAACAUUUCAUGCGAUGUCCCGUCCCCCUAGUUUCAGUCUCGACUCUGAUUCGCAUUCAAACCACACCGAUUCUAUAUCUAUUCGUGAUCCGCUCUUCCACCUCUGCUGGAGAAGACAAUCAUGCCAACAUUGUCUAAAGGGUGAUCAACAAUGUAGCUGGUGUCCUAUAUCGCAAACUUGCGCCCCCAACCCAAGCCACUUCCCAAUCCUCUCCCCUAUAAGCUCCGAAAAUAUCUGUCCGCUCGGAUACAAAGAGCGCUGGGAGAUAAGGACCACGGGGCUCGGAUGUAAUGUCAGUAGCAUUACGUUCUUGACCGCGGUUGUGGCUGUUUUGUCGACGCUUGUGGGCAUCGGGUUGGCUUAUGGGGCUGUUUGGGGCGGGAAGAAGGUUGUCGGAUGGUGGCGGGAGAGGGAAGGAAGGUCAGAAGGUAGUAGAGGCAGCGGAGGAUUGAGGGGGAAGUUCCUGGGGGUUUUGGGGAUGAUGAGUCGUCGUGGUCGGAGGCUUAGUGGUAGUGGUGAUGAGGGAUUAAAUGAGGAUCGGGAAUAUGAGGAGGGGAGGCCGUUGUUGGGAUGACAUGCUACACAUUUAAACACAAUAUGUACUUAUAAAGAAAUGG